UCCUGAGAGCGGGCGCGCGGUGGCGGGAAUUUCGCCUGUUUCUGAUUUAGACCUCACCAGCGUCGGGGUUGUAGACCCGGCAGCUGGGGGCGGAUCUCGGGGCCCGAAAGUGUGAGCAGGUACGCUGUGCUUCAAUCGAGGGGCGUCCGAGUGCGCAGGACUCCGGCUUCCUUCGCCCUGUGCCCGGCCCGGGCUGGUCGCCGCCGAGUGGAGACCUGGCGGAACUUGCCUCCGGUCUGGGAGAAGUGAAGAUUGGCGCCGGGCGGUCCCUGAUCCCCAUCCGGAGUGCGCAAGGGAACUUUCCCACCGCACGGCUGGGAAACUGGCUCGGACAGAAAGUAAAUAAUGGAUAACUGUUCUGCUGCGCCGAUGUUCCUGACCGACAGCUUGGAACUGGAGCUGGGGACAGAAUGGUGCAAACCCCCUUGCUUUUCUUGUGGUUUUGACAACAGAGGAGGAAAUCAUUUUUCUGGAGAGUCCUACCUUUCCAGCGGAGCCCUUAAGCGAUUAAUUUUGAAUCUUGACCCUUUACCAACUAAUUUUGAAGAAGAUACAGUGGAAAUAUUUGGCAUUCAGUGGGUUACUGAAACAGCGUUAGUGAAUUCAUCUAGAGUACUCUUUCAUUUAUUCAGGCAGCAACUAUACAACUUGGAAACCUUAUUACAGGCUAACUGUGAUUUUGGGAAGAUAUCCACUCUACACUGCAAAGCAGACAAUAUUAGACAACAGUGCGUGACAUUUCUUCAUUAUGUUAAAGUUUUCAUCUUUAGGUAUCUGAAAGUACAAAAUGCUGAUAGGCCUGUUCCUGUCCAUCCCUAUGAAACUUUGGAGGCACAACUUCCUUCUAUGUUGCUUGAUGAACUUCAUGGAUUACUCUUGUAUAUUGGACAUCUAUCUGAACUUCCCAGUAUUAAUCUAGGAGCAUUUGUAAAUCAAAACCAAAUUAAGCUUUUUCCACCAUCAUGGCAUUUAUUACAUCUCCACUUAGAUAUCCAUUGGAUGGUGCUAGAAAUUCUUCACAUGCUUGGUGAAAAAUUGAAACAAGUCGUAUACGGUCAUCAGUUUAUGAAUCUGGCAGGUGACAAUUUAACCAACAUCAGCCUCUUUGAAGACCAUUGUGAAAAUCUCCUUUGUGAUUUAAUAAGCCUGUCACUGAAUAGGUAUGACAAGGUUAGGCCUUCUGAAGCAUUAGCAAGUCACCACUGCCCAUGUUCCUGCAUUAAAGAAUUAUGGGUUCUACUCAUUCAUCUUCUAGAACACAGAAGUAAAUGGUCUCUUUCAGAAUCAUUUUGGAACUGGUUGAAUAAACUACUUAAAACACUCUUUGAAAAAUCAAGUGACCAAAGACGACCUUCUGUGCCUGUAAUCCAGCCCAGGGAUCCAUUAGGUUUUAGUUGGUGGAUCAUCACUCAUGUAGCAUCAUUUUACCAGUUCGAUCGCCAUGGAACACCAGACGAAAUGAGACAAAUGGAAUCAAAUUGGAAUUUUGUAGAAGAACUGCUUAAAAAGUCCAUCAAUGUUCAGGACGGUAUACUAGAAGAACAAUUACGAAUGCAUCUUCACUGUUGUCUGACGCUUUGUGACUUCUGGGAACCAAACAUUGCAAUCGUCACCAUUCUAUGGGAAUAUUUUAGUAAGAACUUGAAUAGUUCUUUCAGCAUCUCUUGGCUUCCUUUGAAAGGCCUUACAUAUAUCAUUAAGUCACCCUUGUCAAUGCUAGAAAUGGUGAAGACCUGCUGUUGUGAUAAACAAGAUAAUGACCUGUAUAAAUCCAGCAGUAGUUUCACCAUUUUCCUUUGCAUUUUGGCAAAAGUUGUUAAGAAAGCAAUGAAGAAAAAUGGCCCUCAUCCUUGGAAACAAAUCAAAGGAAGAAUAUAUUCUAAAUUCCAUCAAAAAAGAAUGGAAGAACUGACAGAAGUUGGUCUUCAGAAUUUCUUCAACCUUUUUCUACUGUUAGCAGCUGUUGCAGAGGUGGAAGAUGUAGCAAGUCAUGUUUUAGACCUCCUAAAUUUGCUCAAGCCUUCCUCUGUAACAUCUUCCAUCAUUUGGAAGGGUCAAGUGGCGUUCCUCUUGAUGUAUACCCAGAAAAAUCUGGACAUUGGUGUUUUGGCUGAGAAAUUUUCAGGUGCUUUCCGAGAGAAGGCGAAGGAAUUCUUGGUAUCUAAGAAUGAUGAAAUGGAACAAAGAAAGUCUCUCUGGAUACUUCUUUCCAUCUAUAUUGAUGGUGUUCAAGAAGUGUUUGAGACUAGCCAUUGCUUGUAUCCGUCACAUGAAAAAUUGCUUAAUGAUGGAUUUAGUAUGCUUCUGCGAGCUUGUCAAGAAUCUGAACUUAGGACAGCACUGAGCUUUCUACAAGCUGUUCUGGCCAGAAUCAGGAGUAUGCAUCAACAAUUGUGUCAGGAACUUCAAAAGGAGAGUGUGGACCUCCUUGUGCAGUCUUCAUUAUCGGCUAAAGAGCGCCACCUUGCUGCGGCUGCCCGUGCUCUGUGGAGACAUUUCUUUUCAUUUUUGAAGAGUCAGAGGAUGUCACAGAUAGUGCCUCUCUCAGAACUCACGGAUGCAGCUGCAGAUUUUACUUUGCUUGCAAUGGACAUGCCCAGCACAGCUCCAUCAGAUCUUCAGCCUCAGCCAGUUAUAUCAGUGAUGCAACUUUUUGGUUGGGAUGAUAUCAUCUGGCCCCAAGUUGUAGCAAGAUAUUUAAGUCAUUGCCUACAAAAUAGCAUGUUAUGUGAAGCACUUUCUCAUAUAGGCUGUGUAUCUUUCCAAGCCUUAACUAUAAAAUCAUGGAUCCGUUGCAUUUUGCAAAUGUACAUAAACAACCCCUAUGUUCCUGAUGAUUGGUUCAUUGAUACAAAUCCUGGACAGGCUUUUGAAAAAAAGUACUUGGAACAGUUGGCUGAACUGACAAGGUUGCUAUUUAAACUCUCAGAAGUAAAGAAUAUUUUCUCAGCGGCUCAAAUUGAAUAUUUACCCAGUCCAGAAGACCCUACAAAAGCACUUGUCCUAUUUUUUGAGGCUGUUGGUAUUACUUAUGGGAAUCUGCAGAAACUUUCUGAUAAAUCUGCCAUGGUCACAAAGUCCUUAGAAUACCUUGGUGAAAUAUUAAAAUAUAUAAAACCUUAUCUGGGAAAAAAAAUUUCCAGCGCAGGGCUGCAUCUGACUUAUAGGAUGAUGGGAAUUCUCGUUAAAUCAUGGGCACAGAUCUUCGCCACCUCUAAAGCGCAGAAACUCCUAUUCCGGAUCAUCGAUUGUUUACUGCUGCCGCACACCGUGCUACAGCAGGAGAAGGAGCUGCCUGCACCUAUGCUGACUGCAAUUCAGAAGAGCCUUCCUUUGUAUCUCCAGGGCAUAUGUAUCGUGUGUGGUCAGUCCCAAAAUCCAAAUGCCUAUCUGAACCAAUUGCUAGGGAGUGUUAUUGAGCAGUACAUUGGGCGGUUUCUUCCAGCUUCACCGCAUGGCUUAGAUCUCGGACAACAUCCUGUUUUGUUGGCACUGAGAAACUCCGCUACUGUUCCAGCGAUAACACCUCUAAAGAAAUGCAUCGUACAAGUCAUAAGGAAGUCCUACUUUGAGUUUAAAGGGUCUUUGCUCCCUCCUCGCUUAGCAUCUAUUCUGGCCUUCAUCCUGCAGCUUUUCCAAGAAACGAAUGUAGACAUUUCUGAGGUUGAACUGCUCCUCCCUGGUGUCUUAAAAUGCUUGGUGUUGGUCAGUGAACCCCAAGUUAAAAGGCUGGCCACAGAGAACCUGCAGCUCAUGGUAAAAGCCUGCCAAGUGGGGUCAGAGGGAGAACCCGCCACCCAGCUGACUUCUGUGUUUCGGCAUUUUAUCCAGGAUUAUGGUAUGAGAUACGAUUAUCAGAUUUACGGCAUUUUAGAAACAGUAGCAGCAUUGGACCAGCAGGUUGUUAUCAACUUGCUUUCUACCCUCACUCAGUCUCUGAAGGAUUCAGAGCGGAAAUGGGGCCUUGGCAGAAAUAUUGCACAAAGGGAGGCCUAUAGCAAACUUUUAUCUCACCUGGGACAGGUGGGACAAGAUGAAAUGCAGAGACUGGAAAGUGAUAAUACCUAAUAUAUUUUGUGCUUUGCUUCUCUAUUCAUUGUAACUAUCUAAAUCCACUUUGCACUGCAGUUGUAUAAUGUUCUGUUAGAAAUACUUUCUAGGAUUUUUUCCCUUACAUACCUGUAAGUAUAAAAUACAUAACAAGGAAAUAAAAGUUAAAUAAGUGUAUUAUAAGAUCUUUUGAAAGUUGGCAAAAUUGUCUCUCUUGAAGAGUUUUUAGUUAAACUAAUUUAAAGUAAGUUUUUCUAAGUGGGGUGUCUCUGUGUAUGUCUGUGAAGCAGGUCUGCAGUGGGUGAUGCAGGGACUUGUCACUGUAAUGUGACUUUUUGCCUUGUGAGUGAUUUGUGUUUGUUCUCUUUCUUCCAAGUCAUGUUUUAACAUGAUGUUUGGGUUUUUUUGGUUGUUGUUUGUUUUCAGAUUACCUGGCUAUUCUAUGCUGGAUUUUAUGAAACAGGAGUUCAGGAGAUGGGAUGUAUGUCUGUCAUCUUUUGUUAUACCGUGUGUGAGGCAAGUUAGUAAAUACCCAACACGCUUAACUCUGUGAGGAAUGAGGCUGAGUCUGGUGAAAUGAAUAUACCGAUAGUAUAUAAAAUGUUUUAAAUUUAAACCAGCAGUGGUUCCAACAGUUGCCAGAUUUUUUUUCCCUCUACUCAUCUUUCUUUUUGGAAAUUGAUGAAAAGACAUAUCAGGAGAAGGAUAAGUAAGAGCUUUUAAGAAAAAACUAAUAUUCUGAAAAGUCUUGAGAUUACAAAUUAACAGAAGAGGUCUGAGAAGUCAGCUGAUUUAUCUCCUUGCUCUUCAGUUAGAGCCUCUUAUAAUUUCACAUCUUACAUAUUCAUAGGGAACCAGUUUAGUUCCUUUAGCAGCUCUUGUAUCUUAACUCUUGAGUAUUUCAUAGAGAUUUUUACUUUACCAGUUGGGCUCUUGUCCUUGACUCCUUUCUGUGGUGAGCAUUAUUUGGGAAAAGAACUCCAGUCCUGGUGUUGGGAACCCACAUAGGUCUCAAUCCCAGCUCUGCUUUGUAAACUUCAGCAAGUUACUUAAUCUUGCUGAGCCUGAGUUUCUCCUUGGG